UUCCGUGUUCUACUCAACACCUUAACUCGCUCAACUCUAUACUUGGGUCUAAACUGGAGAAUCAUGUUCAAGAUUCAAUAUUUAUUUAGUUCUGAGUUAGUAAUUAUUUCUUUAGUAAUAGGAAGAUAAAGAAAAUAUUUAUUACGCAUACUUAACUAAUUGAUAAAACAAACCGUCUUGUAUUUAUGUGGUGUGUUUAUUACAAACUGAAAAUAUGACGGACAUUUAUAUAGCUGUAGUAUGUUCGUCCAAUAUGAAUCGUAGCAUGGAAGCUCAUGCAUUCCUCGUCAAAAAGGGUUUUAAAGUUAAGUCGUUUGGUACAGGCGAGAAAGUGAAAUUACCUGGGGCUUCUGCUGAUAGGCCGAACUGUUACGAAUUCGGCGUUCCGUAUGAUGAUAUUUACAAUGACCUAUUGGAAAAAGACAAGAACUACUACACUCAAAAUGGGUUAUUACAUAUGGUGGAUAGAAACAGAAGAAUAAAACCCUCGCCCGAGAAAUUUCAAGUGUCUACUGAACGUUUUGAUGUUAUAAUAACUUGUGAGGAAAGAGUGUAUGAUCAAGUAAUAGAAUGGUUUGGAUCAAGGAGGUCUGUUUACAACCAGCCUGUUCACGUAAUCAACAUUGAUAUUCAAGAUAACCAUGAAGAAGCGACUAUUGGUGCAUUUUUGAUUAGUGACAUGGUUACAAAAAUGGCUCAAAGUGAAGAUUUGGACAAUGAUAUUGAUGAAUUGUUGCAUGAGUUUGAAGCUAAAUGCCACCGGGCGAUAUUGAACUGUAUAAUGUUUUACUGACAGUUAAAAUAUUCUAAGACUGAUGGGCUGAUUAUAUGUUGACAAUUUUAAUAUUAGACUGUGUUGAAAAGUUAAAUAUGACUAUUAAAUAUUUCAUCAAUUUACAUGCAAAAUGAUAACUCAUAUAAAAGUAUAUCAUCACAUUAUGCCUAAAAUAUUAAUAAGAAUAAUGAAAGUAAUAAUACCAGAUACCCUGUAUUAUAAUAUACUGCACUCUGCUGAGCACCAGUCUCUUCUAAUACUUGUGGAUUUUAGCCCUUAGUCCAACAUGUUGGUCUAGAGCGUGUUGGUAGGCUUCACACACUUUUGGAAUUAUUUAAAUUGUGUAAAUGUUGAUUUAUAUAACUCUAAUACAUUAACUAAUGUAGAUACUUUAAUACUACAUAGCAACUCCACAGUAAUAUAUUGACUUUGGUAGAAUUUGAAGAAGAAUAUACACAUAGAAUUGAGAUAUUGAAUGGAAUCACAUGAAUUCUACAAUAACAAAGAUUAUUGUUUUAAAUGAAUUGUUCUAUUCUUAAUUAGUAAAUUUGAAAAAAGUAUC